AUGGCCAGCCUUCGGAAAACCCAUCCAAUCCUAAAAAUUGCUAAUAGCGCAUUAGUUGAUCUCCCCGCCCCCUCCAAUAUUUCAGUAUGAUGAAAUUUCGGCUCUCUUCUAGGCCUUUGCUUAAUUACUCAACUUCUAACAGGACUAUUUCUAGCCAUACACUAUACCUCAGAUAUCGAAACAGCCUUCUCAUCCGUAGUUCACAUCUGUCGUGAUGUAAAUUACGGCUGACUAAUUCGAAAUAUACAUGCUAACGGUGCCUCUUUCUUUUUCAUUUGUCUUUACAUGCAUAUUGCCCGAGGUCUCUAUUACGGCUCUUAUCUUUUUGUAGAGACAUGAAACAUCGGAGUUGUUCUUUUCCUUUUAGUAAUAAUGACCUCUUUCGUAGGUUACGUUCUUCCCUGAGGACAAAUAUCAUUCUGAGGAGCUACCGUAAUUACAAAUUUAAUAUCUACUGUCCCUUACGUAGGUGAUGCCUUAGUUCAAUGAAUCUGAGGGGGCUUCUCAGUAGAUAAUGCUACCUUAACUCGAUUUUUUGCAUUUCAUUUCUUAUUCCCCUUUGUUGUUGCUGCUUUUACAAUACUCCACCUACUUUUUCUUCAUGAAACAGGCUCAAAUAACCCCACAGGUAUCAACUCAAAUGCAGACAAAAUUCCCUUUCACCCAUAUUUCACGUACAAAGACCUGCUUGGCUUUGCUGUAAUACUUCUGGGCUUAACCGCCCUCGCCCUUUUCGCACCUAAUUUGCUUGGAGAUCCAGAUAAUUUCACGCCUGCUAACCCCAUCGUUACCCCUCCUCAUGUUAAGCCCGAGUGAUAUUUCUUGUUUGCCUACGCCAUCUUACGCUCUAUUCCUAAUAAACUAGGCGGUGUACUUGCACUCCUAUUCUCCAUUCUAGUCCUUAUGGUUGUACCCUUUCUCCAUACUUCAAAACAACGAGGUUUAACAUUUCGCCCUCUCACCCAAAUACUAUUCUGGGUUCUCGUUGCAGACAUACUAGUUCUUACAUGAAUUGGAGGCGUACCUGUAGAACAUCCCUUCAUUAUCAUCGGACAAGUGGCAUCAGUGCUAUAUUUCUCCCUAUUCCUAGUUUUAUUUCCCCUUGCAGGAAUAACUGAAAAUAAGGCCCUUGAAUGAAACU